UUGGUCUGAAAGAGGGGAAUUAUGAUCACUCUUUCACUUGUACCCUUUGUGUCUGGGCUGUGUAUAGGAUUUCUGUCUAUUCAAUACUUUGUUUACUCAGACACCAGCACUGCAAAACGAGCUGUUUUCUCACUGGGUUACUCCAGUGGAGUUCAUUAUGACAAAAGGGUUCCAAGACACAUACACUCAGAUGAGGACAGGAGUGUUGCAGCCAACCUGUCCCAAAAUGUACGACUACUAUGUUGGAUCAUGACUGGGCCUAAGAACCUGGAGUCCAGAACCAAACACAUCCGGGCCACCUGGGGCAAACGAUGCAACAAAAUCCUCUACAUGAGCUCAGUGGAGACAGAAUUCCCCACAGUGGGGCUCAACGUAACUGAGGGACGAGACCAGCUCUACUGGAAGACCAUCCGAGCCUUCCAGUACAUCUACCAACACCACCGCAACGACUACGACUGGGUCCUCAAAGCCGAUGAUGACACGUUCGUGGUCGUCGAGAACCUCCGACACACAUUGUCUAAACAGGACCCGUAUAAGCCUGUAUACUUUGGGCGAAGGUUCCGCCCGUUCGUCCAGCAGGGUUACAUGAGUGGUGGAGCCGGCUAUGUCCUCAGUAAAGAAGCCGUCAGAAGGUUCAUCAAGGGAUUCGACACGGGGAAAUGUUCCCACUUCUCCACCAUAGAAGACAUGGCUCUGGGGAAGUGUAUGGAGAUGAUGGGUGUGGAGCCGGGGGACUCCAGAGAUGUGAAGGGAAGGCAGACGUUUCAUCCCUACCCACCAGACAAGUACCUGAUCAAAGAGCCACCCAGAAAACUGCCCUGGUAUCUCUUAUACGACCACUACAAACCAAGAGAGGGCCCAGAAUGUUGUUCAGAUCACAUCGUAUCAUUUCACUACAUCUACCCUGUAGAGAUGUACACGCUGGAAUACUUCACCUAUCAUCUACGGCCCUAUGGAUACAAGUACAGGUACAACCCUGAUGCUGCAGCAGCUGAAAUUGAGAGUAACACCACCACACCUGUCUCUGCUUAACACAGAGACAUCACAGACGGACUACUGUACUGAAGAAAGCACUUAUUACAGUGUCAUGUUUAAAUGCUGAAACAACAGCCUGACAUUGGCACUUUCUUUGGUAAGCUGAGCAAUGAUGGAACCACUAUCAAAUUCAUUGACAUGGUAGUUUUAAACAUAUUUUGAAGCUAUACAUUGUUUGUUUACAUAGACAACAAAUACAUGAAUAAUAGAGUAAUAUAGUUUUUUUGUGACGGGGGAGACAGUUGUACUAAGUUGAGUUCAUUCUGUUGAUAGAGUUUCACAUUUCCUUUGCUUUUGUUGUACAAUGUAAACAAAUAUCUAUUUUACAGUCGAGUGUUCAUUUUUUACAACUUACAGUAAAACAAAGGUUAACAUGAUAUUUUGUUCAAAUGAAAAUAGAAGUAUGUACUUAAUGUGUUCCCCAGAUUUCUGGAGGUCUAGUGAAAUAUUCAAUUCAGAUUGUUAGCUAAAGAUUCAAUUUUGACUAAGUUCAGUACACAACAGAUCAUUUUAUGUCAUGAUACUCCUGACCUGUGAGAAUCUGUUCAGUGUUUUUGGUUUGAAAGUUAAGGUGUCUUUUAAUGGACAAUUAUUUGAAGCAACACAAUGAGUAAAAACAAGAGUGUGUGAAAAUAUACAAAAUAUAAACAGGUUGAAUAUUUGUACAGUACAGGGGGUGGUUCACAGACUACAUAAAGAACACAAAAGAGAAAUAGAGUAUACAUGUCCUCUCUGGAGCAUCAGUGUAGCAGUGCUGUCGUUCACCUGAGCUUUGGUCAAACUGUAACCGAUAGAGAGACUGUGUCCCGAUUCUCCACCCUUAUCCCAAAGUAUGGACUUACACACUCCACAUCCUUGGGAGAAUUGGGAUUCAGCCAUAGAUAGAUAGGAGCCCAUGUCCUCGGUGCAUCCCUCUGACAUCAACAUUGGGAAAUGUGCAGGCUUUGCACACGGCCCAACUCUCUUUAAACAAAGCAAAACUGUCUGUUAUAUGAACUGGUUUUGUAACAUUAUGACGUAAUCUGAACAAG